AUGCUUGAGUCCUUUCAGGAUCAAUUUUGGCUUGAUGAACAUCAUUGGUUUGUUGGAUGUGAUCGAGAUUUAUCGUUUGGUAGAACUCUUUUCUACACUAUACCCUAUUCCUUUAAAGAUUUUACCUUUUCUAAUACCACUAUAUCGAAAUGGACACGUUCUCAAACUAAUAAUCGGUGGUUCUAUAAUGGUAUGCGUAGUUUAACUUAUGAAUUUCUCAAUGACGAGUAUCCAUCACAUCAGAUUCUAUUUCUCAAUAUUCAACAUCUCUUAAUUGUAUUGCCAAUUGAUGAACACUUUUGGUCUAGCGUUCUCAAAUUCGAUGAAUUAAUUUCACUUACUAUCAUAUUCACUUUUCCAAAUGAAGAUUGUGGGAUUCAACUUCAAAGUUUACUUGAUCGUGCAUAUCAUCUUUCUAAAUUACAUAUUGAUUGGUCAUGA